CACGUACACACACACACACACACACGCGCACACACACACACGUUUCGCUACAGCAGACUUUGUGCACUCACUUUAACUCAGCUGUAUUUUAUUCUGCCGAUGACAUUCAAGCUUUGCCAGAAGUGAAGACAUGCCACCUGUCACUGUGUCCUGUUUGUGUAAAGAAGCUUGCUGUCUGCUCAUUAUGGCUCCAAUGAUUAUCCACUGUGAACCCUGACCCUGUGAGCACUGAGAGCUGGGAAACGAUGUCACUGCCGCAGGUGGUGCUGGUGAACUUUCAAUAUGAAUACACAACACGUGACGGCAGGCAUGUGUCCAUCAAGCCCAACGAACGCUAUGUACUGGUGGCCAAGACCAAUGACCACUGGUGGCACGUACGCAAAGACGAGGCAACAAAGCCUUUCUUUAUCCCAGCCCAAUAUGUCACAGUGUUGCCCUCUGAAAAUGAGACGACUCAACUUUCAAGUGAGCAGGACAGGCAGGAUACACCAAACCCAUAUUCUGACACAGUGCCCCCUGUGUCUUUGGAGCCGACCAUCAAAGAUGAAAAAUCCAUCGAGGUAGCUAAUAAAAAGUGCGAACACGGCACCUCCAAGAUUGUCAUUCCAAGUGAUCAGUACCAGAACAAACCCAUUGAGAAUGAGCCAUUGGAGCCUAAAGCUGAGCCAUGGCCCGAUCCUUGCAACUUGUAUAAGGAUGCAGUCCAGAUGGAUAUUAGCCCAGAUGCUUUAACAAAUUCUUUUAAAAGGGAAAGUGUAUAUCCUGUCUCCCAACCACAUAUCCCUACUACUAACUCGCAAAGAACAUUAACAGAGCCCAGUGAGGUUCAAUCAAAUAUAAAUCCUCAAAAUGACCUCAAGGAUGAUAUUCAAAUGCUCAUACGGGCUGGCUGGGACCCAAAAAUAUGGGACCUCAAAGCAGAAAAUAUAUACGAGUCUGUAGAUUUAGUAAAGGAUUCAGUGAUUCAGGACACUAGAGACAAUCAGAGGAAAGAGGAGGCAGAAUUGGCACUGAUCACUCCAGUUUCUCCUUCAUCUACAUCUCCUCCAUUUUCUCCACAGCAGAGUCCUGGUUCUCCCAUUGAUAUACCACAUGCAUUCGCUGACAAGGUUGAGGAUGAUGAUCUGUCGGCAGUGUACGUAAACCUGCCCAGGGCACGUAAGAGCAUCAACAGCUUGCCCUCCGCCUCUGUUUGGGGCAUUUCAGAACCUCCUGAACUCCACGACACGCUCCUUCUAGGCUCCCAGGGAUGGGAGAUUCACACUGACGAAGAGAGUGGAAAAGAGUACUACUAUCACCCCAGCACCGGCCAGAGCACCUGGGAUUACCCUCUUAGCUCCUCAAUGGAGUCUGAGGUGGGGGCUAAGGAGCUUCCUGUCUCCCCCACUCCAUCCCUGUCUCCAGCCUGUUCGCCCACAGAUGGAGCAAGAUGGACGUCAGACUGGGAGAGAGUGCUGGAUGAGAAGAGUGGCAGACACUACUUUUUUAACCCCGUCUCUGGACAGAGUUCCUGGGACCCACCGGAUGACCUACUGACUCCUCCUCUAUCAGGCAGCAAUCUACAGGAAGGGGCACCGCCUCCCCUCCCUGAGGAAGACUACCCUGCUGAAGAAGAUAUUCCAGGAACUCUGGGGCAGGAGGAUACGUUGUCCUUUACCAGUUGUUCAGAAUACUCAUUGCCCUACAUGAAAAAAGUGCUCAUUCCCAGAGCGUGUCUAGACCGCAGUGCCCCUGCAGGCUGGACGCUAAACAUUGACCCCGAUGGUGUCUGGGUCUUCACCAAUGACCAUACGCAGGAGCAGUGGAUCAAGUCGCUGGAUGAUCGGGGACAGACAUACUACUACCUGAAAGAUGGCUCCAAAUCUGAGUGGAACUUACCUGAACUUUCUGCAGAUUUGAGACAGUGCCAUUUGGGAAAUGGUGGGACACUGGAACAGGAUGGACUCGGAAUUGCGAGAACCUGGAGGAAUAGUACAGGAUCUCAAGAUGAGAAACUUCCCUUCGGUCAUCGCAGGAAUACUUCAGACAGCGAUGUGUCUGGCUCUCCAGAAAUGCUGCAUCAUGUGUCAAACUUGGAGAAAGCUGGAAUCCUCAACAAGACUAAGAUAUCUGAGAACGGGAAAAAAGUACGAAAGAACUGGACACAGUCAUGGACUGUUCUUCAUGGAGGGAUUCUCACGUUCCACAAAGAUCCAAAGUCCACUCCAGGAGGAACAUCAAGCAAGACCACUCAGAUUGUUCCAGAAUUCACUGUGGAUUUGAAAGGAGCAACAGUUGGAUGGGCUGCAAAGGAGAAGUCCAGCAAAAAAAAUGUGAUGGAGCUAAAAAGUCGCACUGGAACAGAAUUCCUGAUUCAGUACGACACAGACAGCAUCAUUACGGACUGGCAUAAAGUAAUAACAGACACCAUACGGCAACUUGACAUGGAGCAUCACCACACAGAUGAUGAAGAGGAAGCCAGUGAAAAGUCCUCCAGCACAGAAAAGGAAGACAAAUCAAGUAUAGACAAACGAAGGAUGAGCAAUGCAAGUAGGCAAUUUUCCUCCAGUUCCACACCUGAGGCGGAUCAGAAGAAGGUCCGCAACAAGCUCCGCAAAUUUCUUCUCAAGAGGCCUACUUUGCAGUCAGUCAAGGAAAAGGGCUAUAUUAGAGAAAACGUCUUUGGCUGUCAUCUCCAAAAUCUCUGUGCCCAGGAGAAGAGUACAGUGCCUAGCUUUGUGAUGAAGUGCAUCAGGACAGUAGAGAAAAGAGGUCUGGGGAUUGAUGGAAUCUACAGAGUUAGUGGGAACUUAGCUGUUAUUCAGAAGCUACGCUUCAAGGCUGAUCAUGAGGAUCUAGAUCUCGAGGAGGGCCCUUGGGACAUCCAUGUCAUUACAGGAGCCUUGAAGCUCUUUUUUAGGGAACUACAAGAGCCCCUGUUCCCUUACAGUCACUUUAACAGCUUUGUCCAGGGCAUCAAAAUUCUAGACUACAACACCAAAGUGUCCUACAUACGUGAUCUAGUAAAAUCUUUACCACCAUACAAUCAAGACACAAUGGAGGCUCUCUUUAGCCAUUUAAGGAAAGUUAUUGAGCAUGGAGAUGAGAACAGAAUGUCAUUGCAGAAUGUGGCCAUUGUCUUCGGCCCAACGUUGCUCAAGCCUGAAAUGGAGUCAGGAAACAUAACUGCAUAUAUGGUCUUCCAGAACCAGAUCAUCGAGUUCAUCCUCAGUGAAUUUGAAACAAUCUUUCAUAUGUGAACACCUAAAAAGGAUGCACCAGUGGUAGUUCAAAGAAUCAGAGAUAUCAGAUUAUUUGAGAGAAUGAGAAAUAUUUGAACAAUAAAGAUCAGCUCUCAUUUAUAAAAUUUCUUGCUAUGAGCCAUGUAAGUAUUUUGGGCAUAGUAUUUCUUUACACUUUUUAAUACUCUUUUUCAUGCUAACUGGAACUGCCCAUAUAUUUAACAGUUAUUCCCCGAAAUUGAGUCGUACGUACAUGAGCUGAUAGCCGACGAGGCGUGUAGUAGAGGUCUGCGCGGGACAGAAUUUUCAGUCCCACUCCCGCCUGCUCCCGCAUUGUGCAGUCCUGCUCCCACAAAGAAUUAUGAUUUUCAGUCCCGCUCCUGCCCGCGCCUGCCAUAUUUUGUCCCGCUCCCGCCCGCAAAUCCUGCAUGAUGCAGACGUUCGCGUUAUUUCUCACGAAAGUUCUUGUCAUCGGCUUGGGGAAUUAAACAUGCUGAGCUUAGCUGAGCUCUCCACUGACCGAUCCUUCACCUAGCACACGUAGCGAGGGUGCGCGUUGCCAGGCGGCAUGCGCAGCUGAAGCUUUACAGAGAUACCCAUUGUGAGCUUCACUAGAGGAGCUCUGCUCUUCUACCAUGAUCGGAGAUCUCAAACACGGAAGAGCGGAAAGGAAUCGGAAACGUACGCAAGAUUAGACCACAUCCGCAAAUUUAGGCAUCUUAAAAUGUUUUUAUUUAUGCCAAAUAAAAUAUCCAGCACAAAUUAUAUAUGAUAGACAUAAAUUAAUAAUUUAUAAAUUUUAUUUUAAACACGUUUUUAGUGAGCGGGACUGCAGCUUAUCACUUCUCCCGCCCGCUCCCGCAUUGUGCACUCCCCCUCCCGCCCGCGCCCGCAAUGAGCUUUCAAAAUUUGUCCCGCGCCGCACUGCUUUGUGUCGGGUCCCACGGGACUCCCGCGGGAGUGCAGGGCUCUAGCGUGUAGCACCGAGUAGGCUGUAAGUCAAGUAUGACGAGAUUGAAUGGAAUAACUGUUUUAUUCUAUCCACAUUCAGCGGAUUUUGAGAAACAGAGCUUUUAAAUUUUUGCAAAUUCGAUCAAUAAAAACUUUAUACAAAACGUCCGACAAAAUCAUUUCCGCUUAGAAUGUAAACAAACCAGCAAAAUGACAGUAGCAAUUUGUGAAAAAUGCUAUAAUAAUAAUUCUUGAAAAAUAAAAAAAGAGACGUUCCAACCAUCAAAUACUUUUAUUCCAUAUUUUGUAGGUGUUUUGUGGGGGUUUUUUUGUAUUUUUUGGGGAUUUGUUUUCAAGUAGAGUUUUUAGUUCGUCCUCGGUUGGUUCAGCAACAUGCGCUGCCAUUUUGUUUUACUCUACUCACAGUAUAUGAGCUGAUAGCCUAGUAGUAGAGUAGCCAAUCAGAGCACGUGAUUACUCAUAUCCAGUGAAUGUGGAUCGAAUAGUCAUAAUGAUUUGAAUGAUAUACUGUACAUUGGCCCUGAAAUGUUGGUGGGAAAAAACUGCAGUUUGGUUUAAGUAAAUAUACCUCUCACAACACAAUGUGAAAUAUUAGAAAAUGUGUAAACCGUAAGAGGGCAAUAGAGAAUUAAUUUUAACAGUCAAUUAAAAAUAUUUUAUUACUGAUAUUCAGGCAGCUGUUUUCAGAUAUAAUCAAUCUUGUGAGUACUGCAUAGGCAUAGUCUCAUGUAAAUCUGGUAAUGACCACUUACCUCAGCGCAUGGAAAUAUUUUCCUCAUAAGUAGCUUGUGUUGUGGAUAUAACACUGUUUGAGUGUUAUACUUAGCCUUAAUAUGGAAAACUACUUUCUGAAGAGCUGGAUGUCUUGAACCUGAUAACUGUAAUCCUACAAGUGGUUUAAGAUAUUAUAUUAAAAUUAAAAGCAGUCUUUAGAGACUUGAGUACAGGUAGUCAGAAUUUUAGCAUUUUAGUUGAGGAUCGUUUCUGUUAGUUUAUGUUGUCCUUUAAUACUGCCAUCUAUACUCAUCUAAGAUAUAUUACCUUAAAUGGAGGACAGUAGAUUACUUGUACAGCCUUUAGAGUUAUGAAGUUCGAUAUUUAUUAGUACGAAAGUAAAACUUCAGUCUGUAAAAUGUUUUUGCACAUAGACAAAGUUUAAUCCUGAAUGCAAUAAAGAUGCAACAUAGUUGUAAAGGUUUGUAAAGCAUUAAUAUUUUAUAAAAACAAAAAAUAAAUGAGGCAUAUGUUUAUGCGUUUUGAUGGUGUACAUAGAAAAGGCAUAUUUAUGCUACACGUUGCUUAUAAAGAAUUUUUAAUAAAGUAACUCUUUUACAAGUCA